ACCUCUGACUGCAGUAGUGUGAACACUCCUCCUGUUGGUUUGAAGUUGAGGUCAUGGCACUGCUGACUUUUGCUGAGGAGAACCGUGAGCGGAUCCGGGCUGUGGAGAGCUCGUUCGGGUCGGCGGGAAAGCCCCUGUACCAGGAUGGUCGGAUUCUGAUCGGAGAGGGCAAGCUGAUGAAGCAGAGCCGCCGGGGCCAGCAGCCCAAAGUGUUCUUCCUCUUCAGUGACAUACUGGUGUACGGCAGCAUCAUUCUGAAUGGCCGCUGGUACACUAAGCAGCAGAUCAUUCCUUUAGAGGCCGUCCAGCUGGACGAAUCCAAGGACAGGAACCAGUGGCUGAUCCGCACACCACGCAAGUCCUUCUUCGUGGCAGCCGCCUGCCAAGAGGAGAAGCAAGCGUGGAUUGAGCACAUGACAGACUGUCAGUCCAAACUUCUGCAGAGCGGCAACCACAUCCUCGGGUCCAACUUUGCCGUCACCUGGGUCCCGGAUGACUCCUCCCACUCCUGCAUGCGCUGCUCCUUCAAGUUCACGAUGGCCCAUCGUCGACACCACUGCAGGAGCUGCGGCUACUUGGUCUGCGGGGCGUGCUCCAAGAACCGAGUGGUGAUCGAGCACAUCCACCCAACGAAGCCGGUCAGAAUCUGCAAACAGUGUCACAAGGAGCUUGUGGACCAAGAGUUAGUGGCCCCUGACACGAUUCGUGAGCGAGGGAACAGCGAUGGCAGGCUGAGCUCAGAUGAAGACGGGGUGGAGGGGUACAGUGUAGACGAGGAGACAAGGGAGGAUGAGGAGGAUCAGGAGAUGAGCUCUUGGUCCCCCUAUGUCUACCUCAACCCACAGCACUUUAGGCCAUGAACAGAAGACACCUGGGGCUUCCUCCAACUCACCUUAAUGCUGACCCCUGAUCCUCUGGUGUCAGUAACGUCCCAAAUGACCCACCUCAUCUGACCCAGGAGAAGUUGUUGCAGUUCCCUGCUUUGUGCACUAUGAGCCACUUUUAAGCAAUUCUCAGACACAAAACAAGUAUUUUUAUAUAAUGUAUUUAUUAAUGUGUGCAAUAUGUACUUGUGUUGAAUUCUAACCGCUGUGAAGAUCUCUGUUUCAUCCUGUUCUCAAUGAAGUUGAUUUUUUGUAGCAAACUUAUAAUGUUCUACAAUGUUUUGUUUUUU